UUUCCACCGCGGCGGCCGCCCGCAACAUUCAGCAACCGCCCCGCAUCGUCAUCUCAACUUUUGAGCUCCCUGAAUCGCAUUGCAUCGAGUCCGCACAACAUCAUCAUGUCGAGCCAACAACAAAUUGACCCGAAGAAGCAGCAGGAGCUGCAGCUUCAGUACACCAACUUCAAGAACACCCUCCAGCAACUAGCACAGAAGAUUGGGGAUAUCGAGCAAGAGGCCGAGGAGCACAAGCUUGUCAUUGAAACACUUGACCCUCUCCCUCAAGAUCGGAAAUGCUUUCGCAUGGUGAACGGCGUUCUUGUUGAGCGCACUGUCCAGGAUGUCCUCCCGACAUUGAAGACCAACUCGGACGGACUGAAGCAGGUGCUGGAGGAUAUGUUGAAGCAGUACAAGACAAAGCAGUCGGAUCUGGAUAACUGGAAGAAGAAGAACAACAUCCAGGUCGUACAGCCAUGA